AUGGAGGCGGAGGCCGCGGGCCGGACUGCAGCAGGCAUUUACCCAGUGGAUAUUUUGGAAGAUGACCCUGCUGGGCAUCGGGAAGCGGCUCUGGCUUACUGUGCCACUCUUGGGGAAGGAGCAUGGCCCUCACCAGAGGUUAUCUCUCUUCCCACUGGGGAGCAGGUUAAACUUGAAGCUUCGUCUGUUUGCUUUUGCACUGUGCACUGUGAUGAACCUCAACAUAAAAUCUUGGUCUUGGUUAAUCCCCAGGACACAAAGACAGUUGUGGCUGUUUACGUGAAGGAGUCCUGGUGGACCACUGAAGAUGUACUAAGAACCUCUGAUCCUGCAAGAGAAGGUCUGAUGAAGGUUCAGUCAUUUGGGGAAAGGAUUGUGCUUUUCAUUCUAAACGUCGUUAUUUUUGGAAGACUGGAGAGGAAUUUGGAUGAUGAUGACAUGUUUUUUUUACCUCACUCUGUGAAGGAGGAGGCUAAAAUUCUGUGGAGAGACGGAGCAGCUGUUGGAUUUUACACAACCAAAAGGAAAGGCAGCCUGUGCGGUGAUGGCACGGGUGUGUGCUACCUGCUGCCUGUCUUAGACACUGUGUUUGUCCGGAGGAACCAUCGCCGCCAGGGCCUGGGCCUGGCCAUGCUGAGGGACUUCUGCCAGACGUUCCAAGAGGACGAGGCCCUGGGCAUCAGCUGGCCCAUCUCCCCUGCCAUGUACCAAGUCUGUAGGAAGUUCCUGGCGGCGCAUCCAGAGGAGCGGGGGCGCCUGUGGGAGGCGGAGCCCCCAGGAGCCUGGGGCCAGCGAGUCAACAUCUGGCUGAAGGUUCAGCUUCAACAGGCAAGGCGUCCAGAUUCUCACCCAGGAAAUUCCAAGGAGGAAGUGACUGCUCAUGGACACACUUCUCAAGACAGUGGACCCGGAAUAUCCCAUAAUGGAGAAGACAACAAGGAGAGGAUCAGUGGAGAAGAACUGGAGAAGAAUGAUCGAGAUUGCGCAGUGACAGAAGCAGCUGGGUGGCUUGGGAGAGCAUGCUGGGCUGAGCAGGAGGGGAAGGAAGCCAAGAGCAUGGCGGUGGAUGCCGGGCUGCCCCCAGGGUCGUGGCGGAAGCACAUGCGUCCCAGCUCCUAACCCUUAACUCGCAGAGGCUGAGCUGAGUCCACUGAGAGGCUUGCCUAGGCUCCAGCGGACAUGGGUUUGAGAGCUACCUGCCACUCCAUGCUCCUGUCGCUGGGAGCUGGCCUCUGUCCUUGCCGUGCUGUCAUUUGAGGAGCAAAUGACCACACAGACCUUCCUACCUCAGGCUUGAUGUGCGGGCUCAGGUGAUGGGAAGCCUGAGAAGCCCCUCAUUUAAUCCGAAAGCGCUGUACAGGGGCAAGUAAUCAUUUUCCCACGCUCAGAUUUCAGAAGCCCAUUCGUUAAACCUAACAUGGUUUCUCUUGCUCAGGAUGAAUUUGUAAAGACUGCACUGGAGCCACAUGACUACGCCUCUUUCUUCAGCACAAGAAAGCUCAGGGCUGCCCCGUCCACACUGCAGAAGUCCCUCUGGGGUUUGCCCACGACAGCCC